AUGGUUGCUACAGAUGGCAGUUCCUCAGGCUCAGGUAAGGGGCAGAUCUAUAGUGUCAUCGCUAAGCUUGUCUUCAUGGACCACAUCAAGUAUGGUCCUGCAUACUCAGUCAAUCCAAAAAAAUUCCGCAAUGCAGUGUGCAAUCAUAUCAGGAUAUGCCAGGCUCCUAGAGCUGCCAUGGUACACAGAACUUGGCACUCUAAUCUGUCCAUGGCUGCAAAGGUGCACUCAUCAAGACCUGGUAUUGACCACACAGGUGCCUUCUACUCUCUCAUUCGACCACAUGGUGGGGCUGGUCCUUCAAUGUACUAUGGCCCCAGUCAGCACUCAUCACACACUCCCAAUGUCUCAAACCCUCCAUCUGCCUACCAACCUGGGCCCUGCCAGCCUCCUAAUGAAAUUUGUUUGCUGGUGCCCUUCCCCAGUUGUGGGGAAGAAGUGUCAACUUCAUUCAUCACCCUCUCCUCCUCCCUCCCCUCCAAAACUGUUCAUCAUGCCAUUAAGAACUCUGGCAUCCACAUACAACAACCACUCAGUGUUUGGUGUCCAAAUGCCAUCAAGCUAUGGGGGGUGACACAAAGUGCUACAUCACUUCCACAUAGUGCCAGUGGCUUGAAGAAGAAAAAGGCCAAGUUGAAUGUGUUGCAGCAGGUGGAGCAGGACAGACAUCAACCCUACAUCAUCAAGCUCAAAGCCAAAAGUGAGCACAAUUGUGACAUAAAGAAAUAUGACUGGCUUCGCACUACCCAGGAGCAUAAAGUCUCCCAAGCCACGGUCAGCUAUCAGCGCCUGCAAGAGGCCAAAGAUACCCAGAUUUGGCUUCAUGAGACAGAUAUUCAGGUCCACCAAGCACAUUCCUUGGUGCUUGACAAGGAAGCAGAAAUCCUCUGCCUCAAGAUCCAGUUCCACCAAAUGAUGCAGGCCUCCAAGGCCACAUCAGAUGGAGAAACUGGAUGA